AUGACAGAAUCAUUACAGAAACAGUCCUGGCUCAACCAUUCCUUCAGGAAACAUUUGAACCUAAAAGAUCCUUAUCAGCAAAAAGUUUCCACACAUCCUUCAGAUCUUUCAGAUGAAAUUAUAAUUGGAGAAUUUGUAUCCAUGAUACUUGGUAAUUAUAGGGAACAGAAGUUUAGGGAAUAUCCAAUUUCUUCACCAGCACAAGCUUAUCUAAUCCCUAAAAACUACCAGCAUGUCUUUGCUUUUCUUUUUGCCAUCAAAGAAAUCAAUAAGAAUCCCGAUCUGUUACCCAACAACACAUUACGGUCCCAGAUUUAUGACAAUGCGUACAAUUCAUGGAGAACCACUUGGACCACUUUGGAUCUUCUCUUUCUAAGAAAAGGGGAUCCACUCAAUUAUUACUGUAUCACUGAAGAGGAAGUCAUGGCCAACAUUGGGGGACUCACCUCUGAAAAUUCUAUUCACAUGGCCAACAUCUUAAGUACUUACAAGAUUCCUCAGGUUAGUUAUGGCUCCUUUGACCCCAUGUUAAGAGAGAAAAUUGGUUUUUCUUCUUUCUACCGAAUGAUUCCCAAUGAAGCUUUUCAAUAUAUGGGGAUAGUUCAACUUCUGAAAUAUUUUGGAUGGAAUUGGGUUAGUCUAAUUGUUUCAGACGAUGAAAGUGGUGAAAACUUUCUUCGAACUCUGAGACCCAAGCUUCUACAAAAUAAUGUUUGCAUAGCUGGGAUACAGAUGAUCCCAAUUAUGUCACUAUUUUUAUUAAGAGAGAUACUUGAGAAAAAAAUCCUUCAAAUUCAAUCUGUUAUCUCCCAAAGUAAAAUCAAUGUGUUCCUUGUAUAUGGAAAUGGACAGUCUCUGGAAGGAUUACAGAUGGUUUUGUACUCAUUGGAAAUUGGCCAUAACAAGCCUUUGGAGAAGGUAUGGAUCACAACAUGUGAAUGGGAUUUCACUGCCCAGAACCCUGCCAGACCAUUUAGCAAAAAAUCCUUCAAUGGAACCCUAUCAUUCUCACUCCAUACCAAAGAUGUGCCAGGAUUUCAGAAUUUUCUUGAGAAAAUAAAUCCUCUGAAGUCUACAUUUUAUUUCCUGUCUGAAUUCUGGACAUCAACAUUCUUCUGCUCACUCAACAUCCAUAUAAUUAAUGGACAGAAAAGGAAGAAUUGCACUGGGGAAGAGAACCUGGAGAACCUUCCUGAUUUUGUCUUUGAAAUGGGGAUGUCUGGUUGGAGUUAUAGCAUCUACAAUGCUGUUUAUCUUGUGGCACAUUCUCUCCAUGCUUUGUGUUCCUGGAGGAACAAACGGAGGGGAAGCAGGAAUCAAGGCCAAUGGAAUCUCCAAAAUGUUCCUCCCUGGCAGCUUAAUUCAUUUUUGAGACAAGUCCACUUUAACAAUAACGGUGGAGAUGAAAUAUUUCUUGAUGAAGAGAGGGAUUUAGCGAUAGGCUAUGACCUCAUCAAUUUGGUGACAUUUCCCAAUGAAUCUUUCCAGAGAGUCCAAGUUGGAAGAAUCGAUCCCAGUUUUCAACUUGGAAAAGAAUUCAUCAUUAAUGCAAGUGCCGUUUUGUGGAAUCCCACGUUUCAUCAGAUGGUGCCAAAAUCUACCUGUGUUGAGAGCUGCCAUCCUGGACAAAGCAAACUAAUUCAGCAGGGGAAACAAAUCUGUUGUUAUGAUUGCAUUCAGUGUCCUUCAGGGAGGAUCUCAACUCAAAUGGGUAAGUAUGCAGAUGAAUGUGAGUCUUGCCAGGAAGAACAGUAUCCUAACACAAAUCAACAAGAAUGCAUUCCUAAAGUAAUGACUUACCUGUCCCAUAAAGAUGGCCUGGGAAAAGCUCUGACAUCUUUGGCACUUUUUCUUUCUCUGACCACACUUAUUGUGAUGGCAAUCUUCAGGUUACACUUGAACACUCCCAUUGUGAAAGCCAACAAUUGGAGCAUCACAUGUAUCCUGCUCACCUCUCUGCUGCUAUGUUUUCUUUGCUCCCUCUUCUUCAUAGGAAGACCUAGCAAGGAAACCUGCCUUUUAAGGCAGGCUGUGUUUGGUAUCACCUUCUCUGUUGCUGUUUCCUGUGUACUGGCCAAAACGAUCACUGUGGUUCUGGCUUUUGUGGCUACAAAACCAGGGAACAAGAUGAGGAGAUGGAUGGGAAAGAGGCUAGCAAUCUUGGUUAUUGUGCCUUGUUCUUUGAUUCAGAUUGCCAUCUGUGCUAUUUGGUUAGUGAACAAGCCCCCUUUUCCAGAAUUAGAGAAGCAUUCCCAAGUGGGUGAGAUCUUAGUGAAAUGCAACGAAGGCUCAGAGAUGAUGUUUUACCUUGUGUUGAGCUACAUGGGUCUUCUGGCCAUUGUCAGCUUCACAGUGGCUUUCUUUGCCAGAAAAUUGCCUGACAGUUUCAAUGAAGCCAAGUUCAUCACUUUCAGCAUGUUGGUGUUUUGCAGUGUUUGGAUUUCCUUCAUCCCCACCUACUUGAGCACCAAGGGCAAAUUGAUGGUAGCCGUGGAGAUUUUCUCCAUCUUAACCUCUGCUUUUGGUUUAUUGAGUUGUAUUUUCCUUCCCAAAUGCUAUAUUAUUAUAAUACAUCCUGAAUUAAAUAAAAAAGAGUAA